AUGAUGGGGGUGGUGGUGGUCUCCAGCGCGGGGUGCAAGGGCGGCGGCGGGGGGAAGAGGGGCUCCGCCGGCGGAGGGGAAGAAGAGAGGCGGCGUCGGGCGGUGCUGGAGCUGCUGCUCGCGGCCGUGCGGCGGUCCGUGGUGGCGUGCCGGGUGGAGCGUGGCAGCACCGGCGCCGGGUGGCCAGCGGAGGAAGAGGAGGACGAGGAAACGGCAGCGGCUGCGCUUGGGGAGAUGGAGAUCGGGUGGCCCACCGACGUCCGGCACGUUGCGCACGUCACCUUCGACCGCUUCCACGGCUUCCUCGGCCUUCCGGCCGAGUUCGAGGUCGAGAUGCCCUGCCGCGUCCCCAGCGCCAGCGCCAGUGUAUUUGGUGUAUCGGCUGAAUCAAUGCAGUGCACCUACGACGGCAAGGGCAAUUCUGUGCCAACGAUAUUGCUCCUCAUGCAGGAGAAGUUGUAUGCCCAGGGAGGCCUGAAGGCCGAGGGGAUCUUUCGCAUAAACCCGGAGAAUGACCAAGAGGAACAUGUGAGGGACCAGCUAAACAAAGGAGUCGUUCCUGAGGACAUUGAUGUUCACUGCUUGGCCAGCCUCAUUAAGGCAUGGUUCAGGGAACUUCCAGAAGGUGUGCUUGACGGCCUCUCCCCUGAGCAAGUGCUGCAAUCCAAUUCUGAAGGGGAAUUCAUCGAGCUUGUGACGCUGUUGCGCCCCACUCAGGCGGCGCUCCUCAAUUGGGCCGUUGAGCUAAUGUCUGACGUUGUCGAAGAGGAGGAUCUGAACAAGAUGAACGCCAGAAACAUAGCCAUGGUGUUUGCCCCCAACAUGACACAGAUGUCAGAUCCAUUGACAGCCCUAAUGCACGCUGUCCAAGUCAUGAACUUUCUCAAGACAUUGAUCUUGAGGACGCUUCGGGAGCGCGAUGAUGCAGCUAUGGGAGAGGAGUACACACCAUACUCCUCUCCAGCAUCAUCCAGCAGGCGUUACGACGCUGAAUGCUUUGGCAGCGAGCGGGACAUGGACGGAAGCUGUGAGCUGAGCGAUAUGCACAGCCAGAUCAGCAGGUCUGGAGGACAGGCGGAUUAUCUUGUGCGGUACAACACCUGUUUCGACAGCGAGCAAGAGGUCGAUGAUCGUCUGAGUGAAGUCGAAGAAGGGUUCUUGCGUCGGCUGGAGCGCGAUCUGGAAGCGGGUAGACCGGAGGAAAGCUCAAGAAAAGAGUGCAAAAUGAACUCAGAGGUGGUUGCCAUGGAGGAUGUCGAGCUGAAAGGUGAAAGCAAAGCCGUGGAGAAGAAGGAAGAGGGUUCAGAGUCCCUGAAAUGAUUUGAAUUCUGUGUUUCCAGCUAGUAAAUCUUGUGAUUUACCGACUAAUGGAUCGUUUUGUCAACACCUGGUUGAAUGUGUUAUUGCUGUAGUGAAUGUUGUCGAAUCAAGGUUCGAAAAUUCACUUGGGACUCGAAAACUGCCCCUAGUGAUUUUCCGAAAUUCGUGAAAACCGGAAAAUUCGGUUGAAAUUCGGUGAGAAUUCGGACAAAUUUAUAAA